UGAGCACACAGGCAACAUGAAGAGACUCUACGUUUUACUAAACCUUCUCACAGUUUUAUCAUCUGCCAACACAGGUUCCCACUCGCUGUGCUCGGUGGCGACGUUCAUCAUAGGAGAGACGCCUUUCCCCGAGUUCACCGUCCUGAUGAUGCUGGAUGAUAUAAUAGUCUCAUACUAUGAUUCAGAUAAGCAAAAGACAGUUAUGAGAGUAGACAGAAUGAUAAAUGAUGAAGAGCAAGAUUUUUCUGAUUUGAUAUUUGGAGCACUACACAAAGAAAUGCAGAAACGAGCACAUCUUCUUAAGCAGCACUUUAACUGCUCUAAUGGUGUCCAUGUGGAACAAAGGCUGGAGUGUUGUGAAUUGCUAAGCAAUAAUGUGCAAGGACAAAUGAAGAUGAUUGAUGCUUUCAAUGGCUUAAGUGGAUUUGUGAUGGACUAUAAUAUACACCAACAUUUGCUCCACACCGUUGUAAAAUGGCCAAUAGGCUUUGACACGCUGAAGUAUGAAUAUCACAAGGCACUUUACCUCCAUUUUCUGCAACCUACAUGCACUACAGCUUUACACAUAUUACUUAAAGAUUUGAGGAAUUAUGCACUGAGAAAAGUGAAGCCCAGAGUGAGACUCAUGAAGAAACUCAACUCGCGCUCCGGAGGGGCUCGUCUGACCUGCCUGGCCACUGGUUUUUACCCACGACACAUUAACAUGACCCUGCUGAAGGAUGGCCAGGGCAUACCCGAGCACCUCAUCACUGUGAAGGAUCGUCUGCCCAAUGGAGAUGGAACCUAUCAAAUGAGGAAGACUGUGGAGAUCAGUGAGGAAGAGCUCCAACAGAAACACAACUACACCUGCACGGCUAUGCACCUCAUCCAGGACAACAAGAUGGAUGUCUACUGGGAAAUGCUGCUCGCAGACGACAGACCAGGUCCAAACAUUACUAUCAUCGCCAUCAGUGCACUAUUUGUGUGUGUGAUCGCACCAACAGCUGCCUUCCUUAUAUGGAAGAGAAGGCGUGCAGCUUCUCAAGCGUCCUCUCAGACGGACUACUCUGCUACCUCGACCACGGAGCAGUAGACCUGUGAAAUGUAGGACAAGAACGUAUGGGACACUGCAGUAUAUAUCCUGUGUAUGAAGUUGAAAAUGAGUUUUGUAUUCAAUUAUAUUUUUUAGAUAUAUACUUUUUAUUUUUUUAAUGAGUAGCAUAUAACUUUAUGUGGAAUCAUGUACACUACCUUAACUUUCAUUUGGUAUUAUGUGCUUGUUAAUUUUUUUUUAAUCAGUAAUAGAUUUAAGCAUAAAUUUGGCCAACAAGAUUUGCACUAAACCAUACUACAACUAUUUUGUUUAGUUCCCUCUUUUCUUCCUUCAGCUGUCUUGCACUUGUAUCUAGUCACUUGGUGGAUAUUUACGUCUGCAACACCUGUACUAGGGCUUCACAAUAUUGCUUGUGAAUUGUUAUCAAUAUUGGUGUUUGUAAUCCUGAUAUUACAAACCACAGACACAGCACUUUUGUUUUACUUUGGUCCUUGAGCAUCUUCACUUUAAUUAAUUAUGUAUAUGUACAAUGACAAUAAAGUUUUUUUCACUUUAAAAAAAAUGUAAUCCAAAUUGUUUGUCCUUCUAAAGCAU